AUGCCGAGGGCACAAACUCAGAGGGAGUCUAGUAGCAUGUUGGUCACGGCGCGGGAUCUCACGGAGAAAGGUGGGUUUGCCACAACAACGCUGGAGGUUAGCAUUAACACGCAGGACCCGCUUGACGUUGACCUUUCUAUCAGCAUCCCUCUGCUGCGACGUAAUUUGUUGCUCUUUACUGUACUCAAGACGAUUGGGUCUUUUGAUUCGGGGGCAUUUAGUGCGGCGCUUGGGGCGGAAAACGGCAUUGCAGAGGAGUGGGGUCUGGGCACGGUGCGACAGGGAACGCUCACUUCUAGUGUCUUUCUCGGCAACAUCCUUGGGUGCCCACUCUCAGGUCAUCUUUUUUCACACCACAACGCAAAACAAGUGUUGGUGGGCUCGCUUAUAUUGCACACAGUAUUUACUUUUCUCUUUGCAACACUGACAAAUUACGAGUUUGCCCUGUUUUGUCGGUUUUUCAUUGGUAUCACCUUGUCGACUGUCAUUGUAUAUGUGCCUGUGUGGGUGGACAUAUUUGCCCCGCGUGAUCGUCAGUCGGUUUGGAUGGCCUCACAUAAUGCUGGAGUGCCCCUUGGCAUUAUGCUUGGUUACACUUGUGGCGCGUUUCUUCCAUCGUACACCAAUGUCAAUUGGGAGUGGGCAUUUUAUAUCAAAUGUAUUCUCACAAUACCGGCCGUGGCUUAUUUAAUGCGCGUGGACUCCCGCUCCAUUGCUCGGCCCAGCCGAAAUAGAUCGGAAUCUGCACCAAACGUUGCUGCAUUUGCUGCAGCGGACAUGAGUGCGGCUGAGCGGGUCUUGAAUUUUCUUCAUUCGAACAUGCGAUUGAUGUGGAGUUCCUGCAUCCCUCUAUUUUGUAAUACAGAAUAUAUGUGUAGUACACUUGCCAUGUGUUCCUUGUACUUUGUGGUGACUGGACUGCAGAACUUUGUGACGCAGUACCUUCGUGAGGAGCCAUUUAAUGCGUCCAUGAAAACAAUCAUGUUAGGGUUUGGUGGUGCUGUUGUAACUGCUCCUGUUAUUGGUGUCAUUGUGGGUGGUAUCCUGCUUGAUCGCAUCGGUGGCUACCAAAGAAAUCUACGACGUGUGACUACCUUCGUUUGUGUGUGGGGCGCUGCUGCCGCUUUUUUUAGUGUCAUCUGUAUUUUCGUCACUGAUACGAUGACGUUUUUGUUUGUUAUCUCUAUUGUGCUGUUUUGUGGCGGUGCCAUUGUUCCUCCGGGAAGCGGGACAGUGGUAACGUCUGUGCCUGAGCUUCUCCGCCCCGCCGCUGCUGCCUUCUCGCAGAUGAUGUACAACCUUCUGGGUAACUUUAGUGGCCCUAUGGUGUGCGGAUACGUGGCCCAGUGGACGGGGCAGCUAAAAUACGGCAUCUACACGGUUCUUUCAUGCAGUGCGGUGGGUCUCAUCCCGAUGUUGGUGCUACUGCGCAAGGUAUUGAGCACGCCAGAAGCGCCAACGCCGUUGUUGGCGCUCGCGCGUAGCCGACAGCGCUACCCGCAGACGACAGCUGUGAAGGAUGCGCGGUCGUUGUCAGCUGAAGUGAGCUACAUGGAUAUGAUGAGGCAUGAGUCGUCACGCAUGGAACAGUCGGAUGAUGAUGCCCUGCUGCUUGAUGAGGAGGCCGUCAAACAGAGGACUAGCAGCGUCAAUGUCACCCCGAAUGUUAAUGCUUUCGUUACGACAUCGGUGGCGGUGGCGCAGACGCAAGCGUUUUCUCAGCCAAAAAAAAAUAUGCGGCAAGCUACAAAGCACGCGGAGGCGCCUGUUCUGGUGGUGCACAAUGGGGUUGGCGCAUCAAAAGACAAAGAACAAGAAAAACAACGGGAACCGUCGCUGUCAUCGGUCGGGUUUGUGACGGGUAGAACGCCGGAGGUUAUCCAUAUAAAUGGUGAAGCCGAGGAGCAGGAGUGGGUGCACAGGCAACGCAGCUGCGGGGGAAUUGCAGCGACAAAUGGGAGUGUUGAGUCCACCUUGCAUAGAAGUGAGGCGAUGGAAGGUGGCAUGGAUGGGGGCGAUGAGUUUGACUUGAUGAUGGAGGCUGACGCCGCGCAGAUGAUGUCAUUUCCAAAUCGUCACAGCUUUGGGCUUGAUAUUUUGCGCUCGUUUCUGAGCAGCGCAUCGCAUCGGCACUCGUCGUCACGGAGCAGCAGCUCUAAUCCCUCGAUGGCAGUCACAGAGGAAUUGAAGGAGGUUAAUGUGGGUAGUCUUAUUGAUGAGCGCUGCAGUUCGGGUGGCAGCAGUGCGAUUAGUCCAAGCCACACACCGGCCGCGUUGGCGAAAGGUUCACCGCGGUAA